UUCAAUUUUUCAAGUUUCAACCUUUGAAUAGCAGAAGAGAGCAGAAACUGGAAACCCAACCCUAACACCAGUAGUGUCUGUGUUGCAGUCAUGGAAGAAGCUCAAGAAAUUCUGUUGAACUCUCUUGAGAAUUGGGGAGUUUCUCUUCCCGUAGGAAUCACUUCCGUCAAAAACUUGACUCCUACAGCCUUGGUUUCUAUUUGCUCUCAAUCUCUUCACCUGAUCGACGAGUCUUCAUCGUUUUCAACUUUGUUGCCGGAUUCAAUGGCAGAGCAAUUCAAGAUCUGUACCGAAAUCUCGGCCGCUAUUAAAAGUCUGGGUUACAGAGGAGAUUUGAGCUUCCAUCAGUUCCUGUAUCCUUCUGAAGAAGACUCUCAUAAAUUGGUGAGAUUUUUGGUGGAGAAAAUAUCAGAAACUUCACAAGGCAGAAAUGCUGCAAACAGAAAGGAGAUCAAGGCUAGAUUAAGAGGAGAGGAAGAUAAAUAUAAAGAUUCUUUGAAGGAUAGGAUAGAAGAGGCUGAUCAUUCAGGGGUGAAUCGGAAUAAUGAGACUGUAAUGAGUAGAUUGAAAGAGCUGAAGCUGGAACCAGUGUCAUCAGACCCUCUGACUGAUGACACCUUUCUCCAUGGGUCCCUUGAGGCUGAAUUGAUUUCAGAACAGGGGAAUGAACCAGCCGUUGCCCUCAUACCUGAAACAAGGUCUCUGAAGUCCAUGGAGAAAGAGGAGCUGAGUGAAGUGGAAGAUCUCAAAAUCCCAAUGAAAGAAUUUGAGCAUUCAUGGACAGAUGCAAUUGUUACUGAAGAACAUACAGCCCAGAGACAUGGUACCCUUGUUGCAGAGUUUGGACAGAACAUAUCACGUAAAGAACAAUUAUCCAAGCUAAGAACUGAAAUUGAAGAUUUACGAAAUCAAGAAAACAUGCUGGUGGAGCAGUUGACUGAUCAGGCUUCGGAAUAUCAUCAUCUUGAAAAUGAACUCGAGCUGUUGAAAGCAGUGGAAGAAAUGGCAUUUGAUGAAAAACAUCCUGUUGACUUCUAUGUAGAAGAGCUCAAUAAGCAGGUGGAAGCAGGGAGGCAGAAACUUGUGGAAUUGGAGGUCCAGUGGGAUGCUUUCAGAAAACCUCUGGAGGAAAGAAAAAGAAGCGUCGAAGAUUCACUUUGUGCGGAAAAGCCAGAGAUGCUGGAAAAGCUCCAAAAGGUUAAAGAAUUUGAACUGGAAACGGAGGCAGUCAUAUUCGAGAUUCAGAAGAGGAAGGAGGAUCAUUCUAGACUUUCUGCUGAGCUUGAGAACCAAACCAAAAUUGCUUCAAGAAAAUCCUACAUCCAGAGAAUAACUGAGAUUACGAAGAACAGCAGGAAACAAGAUGCAGACGUUGAGAGGAUCUUACAAGAGACUCGGGAGCUUCAAUUAGAGAGUAAUUCCAUUCAAGAGCGCCUUCAUCGGUCCUAUGCAGUGCUUGAGGAAAUGGUUUUCAGGGAUGCAAAGAAAGACCCAGUGAGGCGGCAGGCCUACAGGCUCCUCACCAGCAUCCAUGAGAGCUUUCAGCAAAUCUCUGAGAAGAUCCUUUCCAUUGACAGAACACGACGGGAAGCAGCUGAGCAGGAUGCAAAACUUACAACCAUGUCCUCCCGUAGCUUAGACAUCAACAAAUUACAAGCAGAUCUUGAGGCCAUCAGGAGGGAAAACGAGUUCUUGGAGCAAAAGCUCCAGCAUAAUUAACUUUAUACCCUCAUUAUUGGAUCUUGAUAUUUCAUUAAUCACUUGUAGAAUAAUCAUGCGUUUGUUUUAGAUUUCCCUUGCAAUUGUCUUUUCUUACUGUUUUCUGUUGGUAUUUACAUUUGAGACAUGUAAAGAGAAGUUUCAAUAACCCUUUCAUCUACCUAAUUACUCUGGGCUUUGGGAU